AUGUCUUCGUCGACUUCUGCUAGUGUCAGCCGACGAAACGAUACAAAUGAUGUAUAUGAUGGCACUCAGGGGGAAGGCAUUGCAUUGUGCAGCGCUUUAACACUAACAUUUAUUCUAGUUGUCGUGGGAAACUUACUCACCAUAGUUAUUUUUGCGAAGAACAAAAAUAUUCGCAAGAAAUAUUUGUUACUAGUUGUCAACAUGGCGUUUGCUGAUCUGUUCCUAGGAGCUUUGAGUUUACCAGUCUACAUUUACGAUGUCGGGUAUGAGUUCCACCUAUGGACCAUGUUCGUUGGAAACUUAUGGACCGACAAGCCUAUCUUAAUUUCCUACAUGAUCGUUGACACAGCUUUCUCGCAGGCCUCUCUUAUUUCUGCAGUGUUCAUAACGUGUGAAAGAUUUUACGCCAUACGUUGGCCGUUUAAGCAUCGAACAUUAUCGACACAAGCAUACCGCAUAGCUAUGUUCCUAGUGUGGGUACUAGCUCUCCUUAUUUCCGCAACUGUGACCGGUUCAUACCUAUUAUUUUCUUACAAGUACACUAUGUUUUUUUGGGGGCCAUAUACUUUGAUUCUCAUUUUAAUCACAUGUGGCUGUAAUAUUGGUAUCUGGAAAAAGUUUAAAACCGGAAGAGUCGCCGCUUCACAUCAAGAAAGCCGAGAAUUUCAAAACAAGCGCUUAACAAAGACUUUGUUAAUUGUAUCUGGCCUUACUUUACUCGCUUGGCUACCGCUAGUUUUGUCAAACUUUCUAAUGCAUGUUUGGUUUUUCCAUGUACCAAAACGAUUUUAUGAUAUGGUAAACCUUUUCAACUACUUGAACUCUUUUGUCAAUCCAAUUUUUUACGCAUUAAGAAUUGCUGAGUUUCGACGAGCACUGGCUUUAUGUUGUACAGGAAGACAUGUGCAAGCAGCUGUAAACACAAAGCUUUCUAAAAGAAGGAAAGAGAGGCACAGAACGACCGCUGAGUUUAGUCGUGAAGUGGCUUUCGAACAGGAUGUUAUAGAUAUUGAGUUUAGUCGUGAACUGGCUUUCGAACAGGAUGUUCUGGAUACCAAACUGUAAAUACAUAACGGAACGACUGAGUUUAGUCGUGAACUGGCUCUUGAACAAGAUGUUAUGGAUACUGAGAUUAGUCAUGAAGUGGCUUUUGAACAGAAUGUUAUGGAUACCAAAAUGUAAAACACAUAAUUCACUGGCUAGAAACUCGAUUAAAAUGAAAUAAGUAGAACACGAGCUGAAUAUUUUAAUGUCAGGAAGUUGAAGUUAAAAACCUAGUAAUGCCUCUAAAAUGAUGGAAAUGACAACGGUAGUGUUAAGUAAACAUUGUUCAAAUUAACGAGACAAGACGAGACUGUGUCUCAGUUGACAACUUCCAGAGUCAUUACCGGUUAGGUAUAUUUUCUAAAGAAACCAGAACUUCAGAAACAGCAAAUUUUUACAGUGAUGAAAUCUCCUAACCGGGAAGGGAAAUUGACCUAGAAUCGAGAGAUGUCGAGUAUAAACAGAAGAAAUGAAUUUUUUGAAAAAAAUGGCAAUUACCGUCAGAUGAUAUUCGAUAUAUGCUAAAUUUUGGAAGGUAUUUAUGUUUGAGGUUGUUUGGAAACUUUUUAAUUAAUUAAACGAAUAUGGGUGGACAGAUGUUCCAAGCUUUUCAAACACGACCUGGAGGCUAGGAAAGUAGACCGAAAUAAUUCUUUUGAAAACUUACGCUUUCAAUAGUUGCUUGAAAAAGCUUGAAUUUACGGAAGGUUCCAGAGGAAAUAUAUCCAUAGAUAAACUAUUUGAACAUGUGUCAUUAAAAAAAAAGCAUUAUAGGAAGACAGUAUGUACUCUCUACCAGUUACCGUAAAUAGCACGAAUAUAUAAAUAGCAUUCUGAAGGAUGAAACUGUCAGCAAGUUAGAGAUUGAUUAGAGAACGUCAAGAAACGCAGUUGGUAAUACAGUCAAACCUGUAUUUAACGGGGAAUGGUGGAUUGACCGCCUAAAUACAGGUUCCACAAAAUAGAGAUGUUGUAACAAACGAUAAAAAACGUCAUUUUAUAUUCUAAGCGACAACCAAGAGAAUAUUUUUACAGAAAUAUUACCAACAUUGAUUUCGGGAGAAAAACAUGGGGUAAGUUUUGCGGGAACUGCGAGAAUUCUUAGUUUAAUUUAAGUGGUUUCUCUCUGAGUGAUCGUUCAAUACAGGUGGAAAUAAUACAAACAAACCGCUAGGACUCAGUGAAGGGUGAGCACUACCGCUUAAUAGAGUUGAGAAAUUACAGUAGUAAAGUGGAACAAAUUUCGAGACUUUGAAAACCGACCGUUAGAUACAGGGUGACCGCUUAAUACGGUGCCACAACACUUCAAUGCAAUGCCAUUGAGAUUUUUUUGGCAAAGAUGCGGUUAAAAUUCUAUUGUAGAGCACUGAUUUUCUUCUCAGUAUUUCCGCAGUAUCAAGUGUUUCUUUUUUUUUUUUUUUUUGCGCCUAUAUCUGUUGACUCACGCAACGGAUAUCGCUGAGAAUGAGGGACUGCUUGACGACAGAAAGGGAACCGCUUCACAGCGCGCUAUGACCUUAUGAUCUUUUGAUUCUUUCUGAUGCUCGCUGGUUCUCCUGAGAUAGAGGACAUUCCUCACAACUGAACUAUUAAAGGUUUAUAUUGACAGAUAUUCUGAAUACUCCUACGUUUGCUCUUUGUAUGUAAAUAUGUUUCACAUUUACCCCUGAACACCAGUCUUUUCAAUGAUGGAGGGUGGAGAAUUUUGAGGGGGAUCACAUGGUUUUCAAGUAUCGGGCACUGCAGGGGGGUCAGUUAGUUAUAAAGUUAUAUAGGGGGAGGGGGGACUACAGAAAGUAAUUAAUUUUCCAUUUCAUUAUUCGUUUCCCGUUGUUUCUUUCAUUUUUAACUGUAAUGAUUAAAGGUUCCGAAGGAAUAGCAGCGGAUCAGUUUGUAAAGCUUGAACUUUGAAGUUAGACAACGUAAAUUGAUUGCUCUCGACUUUUCGGAUACUUAAUGCAAAUUCAACAUCAACCAGUAAUCGAAUAUAAUGCACAACUCACGUCACUGCGUGACCUCAUUCCUCUCCAAAAGGACGCUGUCACUCAAUCAAUCAAUGAUUGCAUAUAAACAAGUUAUACAUAUUUUCUUAUUUCUUUUACCAACCAAUUUACUUCCAACAUCUUAAUUAAAAAGAGCAAUAUGACAUUAAAUAUUUACUGGAUCUUUUACCAAAAUAAAUGGACGUGAUUUGCAUAGUUCAUUUAAGCGAUAAUAGUGCCGUGAAACCAGACUAAUAUCUUCGACACGCACACUGAAGAAUUUAAUAUUUAUUUAUAAGCUGUUCGGCACUUGGGAGAUAUAUUCCGACAAACAAAAUACAAACAAUGAUUACGGUUACCCAUUGCAAUAGAUUUCAUCUGCUUUAUUACUUUAAUCACAGACAAUACGAUCGGGAAAGGAUUAUGCCGACAGAAACAUCUGCCAUUAUUUUACCGUAAACUUUUUUCUUAAAACUUACCUUUUACAAAUGUAAAUAUUUUGUAAAUUUCUGAUGUCAUCCGUUUUUAAAGUGGUUCUUUGAAAUGUGGAAGCUGCACUCAUAUUUUGCAGAUAUUUGAGUAUGUGUCGUGCACACUUGAAGAGGAAAUAAAUAGGAUUAAUAUUGCUCAAAUUUUGACAAUUUUAUGUUCAAUUUAAACUUAAAUGACUUUGAUAACCACUUGAAUCAAACGGAAAUCAUGAUUUUAUGACACAGGACCGACUUUAAAUGAGAGGUUACAGAAUUUGUUAAUGUCUCUUUUCACGGCUGAACUCAAAGUCGGAUGAGUUAGCCUCUGCAGGGACUUUGGAUGUGCGGUGCGUCAUGAUCUACAAGCUGAAAAAAAAAUACUCGGUGGGUGCUUCUUGGUAAUGGGGAUGUGCCGCUGGAUGAGAUGGUAUUUUUCCCGACUGGAUUGACUAUAUCAAUAGAGUUACUAGAAUGGGUUCGCACAUUUUCGGGAUUUUAAGAGUGAAAAAAUUGCUUUAAGGAAGGAUGUGAAAAUUGUAAGAACCAAAUGCACCAGAAUAUUUGUAUUAUUGUUCCGCAGGUAAAAGUUUCAAAUGAACCAAAAUGUUUUUAAUGUAUGUGAAAAAUCAAGUGAUCUGCAUCGAGUUUAACAAAUAGAUUAAUUUGUUAUAGGACGAUCUCCUUAACAGGCUUUAUAAAGUAGAUGCAAUGCCAGAAAGUGACUAAGUUGGGAUCAGGAAAAUCACAUAUGCCUAAACGUGAUUGCAAUGGUGUCUAUAAUUGGCCACGAAAUAGGUUGAGAGGCCAGCGGUACAUACUCGGUAAAAAUUGACCAAAGUACCCCCCCCCUCUCCUAGGACCUGGCUCUAUUUCAAACCAAGACCCACACUCGUUUUCAAACUUGGUCUCUAAAAGUUGAACUUGGUUCGCGCUAAGCAUAAGUACGCGUCAGAGCCAAAGACAAACUGGUAAAUUUACCUCAAAAAUUCAGCUCGAAUGACGAAAUUUGAUAUUAUUGUGUUUCCCUUUGGUUUCAUCGGAGUUGAAGCGAAAAUGACUUUAUUAUGUCAUCCGAAAUAUCAUCCUCUUGCAGACUACCAUCAAUUUACGACCAGAAUGAUCAAAUCCAUAUACGUUUUCCGAUCGAUGGAUAGGGUAUAUUUAUUUUCACGACUGGAGUUGAUUAUAGACUGGAUUGCGUUUUCAAUAGAGUUGAUAUAUUGUACAGACAAGGGUGCCGCUUAUGGAAAAAGUUAUUAGAAACCUUGCUGAUCUCAGUUAGAUGUCGAACUCGGUCUUUACCAUUUAAAAUUUUCAAAUCGUUGCUAGAAAAAUAAAAAAAAAAAACCUGCACCUCAAUGAACAACGGUUCAACCGACUCGGAGCCCAGUGCACUGACCACUGGACUGAACAAAAAUGACUCUUUGAAUCAGUUGACCACGCAUGUUACAAGUAGCACCUUGUACGGUCGUACGGUCGUACAUCCAAAUUUUUUCGGCUUGAUGGGUUACUACUAUUUUGUAUAAUUAUGGGGCUUCGCUCUGCGAGCUCCGCUAUAAUGCGGUAGGGGUUCUGAUAGGUCAGCAGCCCAUACGCAACAAAAAUUGACCCUAUUUUCAAAUUCCCCUCCCCCAAGCUCAAAACCCAUUGCCUUAGGCGGUGCAUGUCCAUGUAUCCUAUAAAUAAACACUUUAAGUGACAGCUGCAGGUGCAUGUUAAAACAUGCAUAAUUUUUAUUAAGAGAAAUUUACAAAGAGAAAAAGACUUCCUUCUCCGCAACUCAAUGGGCGAUAUCUGUCAUCAAUAAGGUGUUACGGUCAGUGGAGUGCUUGCAUUCGUAAUUGGUCAGUGAACAGUAAAGAGGCACAAAACAUAUGUUGUACCCUGGCUUCUUCAUCGUUGUCUCAGUAUCAUCUCAAAAUGAACAAAACGUCUUCGUCGUCUUCUGCUAGUGUCAGCCGACUAAACGAUACAAAUGAUGUAUAUGAUGGCACUCAGGUGGAAGGCAUUGCAUUGUGCAGCGCUUUAACGCUAACAUUUAUUCUAGUUGUCGUGGGAAACUUACUCACCAUAAUUAUUUUUGCGAAGAACAAAAAUAUACGCAAGAAACAUUUUUUUCUAGUUGUCAAUAUGGCGUUUGCUGGUCUGUUCCUAGGAGCUUUCAGUUUACCAGUAUACAUUUACAUGUCGGCUAUGGAUUCCGCCUAUGGACCACGUUCGUUGGAAACGUAGAGACCAACAAGCCUAUCUUAAUUUCCUACAUGAUCGUUGACACAGCUUUCUCGCAGGCCUCUCUUAUUUCUGCAGUGUUCAUAACGUGUGAAAGAUUUUACGCCAUACGUUGGCCGUUUAAGCAUCGAACAUUAUCGACACAAGCAUACCACAUUGCUAUAUUUUCAGUGUGGGUACUAGCUCUCCUUAUUUCCGCAACCGUGACCGGUUCAAACCUAUUAUUUUCUUACAAGUACAUUGUGUUUUUUGGGGGGCCAUACACUUUGAUUCUCAUUUUAAUCACAUAUGGCUGUAAUGUUGGUAUUUGGCAAAAGUUUCAAACUGAAAGAGUCACCGCUUCACAUCAAGAAAGCCGAGACUUACAAAACAAGCGCUUAACAAAGACUUUGUUAAUUGUAUCUGGCCUUACUUUACUAGCUUGGCUGCCGCUAGUUUUGUUACACUUACUGAUGCAUGUUUGGUUCUUCCAUGUACCAAGACGAUUUUAUGAUAUGGUAAACCUUUUUAACUACUUUAACUCUUUUGUAAAUCCAAUUUUUUACGCAUUAAGAAUUGCUGAGUUUCGACGAGCACUGGCUUUAUGUUGUACAGGAAGACAUGUGCAAGCAGCUGUAGACACAAAGUUUUCUAAAAGAAGGAAAGAGAGGCACAGAACGACCGCUGAGUUUAGUCGUGAAGUGGCUUUCGAACAGGAUGUUAUGGAUACUGAGUUUAGUCGUGAACUGGCUUUCGAACAGAAUGUUAUGGAUACUGAGUUU